GAGGAUCUCAGUGCUCUGUGUCGGAGGGAUGUGGAGGUGAUGGGGCCCCGGGGAGCGUGUACAGUAGAGUGAUUAGACAAUUUGGUUUCUUGGAGUCCUCGUGGAGCCUGUGGGCCAGACCCCAUAGUGGAGGCCGCAGGAGCUGCUUCCUGGCCCCGACAGCUCUCACUGAGUCCACGGACCCCUUGACUUCAGGCUUGUGGGAGGAGCAUCAGCAAGAGAGCUGAAGGGCUGAGGUCCAGUGGGAACAUGCCAGCCAACCGGAGCUCUCCUGGGCCAUCCCUGGCUCUGGGCAUGGGGACCUGUGACGACUCCUGUGAGGUCUCUGUGUCAUUCGAGGACGUGACUGUGGACUUCAGCAAGGAAGAGUGGCAGCAACUGGACCCUGCUCAGAGACGCUUGUACCGGGAUGUGACGCUGGAGAAUUACAGCCACCUGCGCUCAGUGGGGUAUGAAGUUCCCAAACCAGAGGUCAUCUUCAAGUUGGAACAAGGAGAGGAGCCAUGGAUUUUGGAGAGAAAAACCCCACAUCAGAGCCAUACGGAUGGGAAGUUUGGGAUUAAGACCUCACAAAAGAGAAUUUCUGGAAAAGCUUCCUUUCAUGGUGAAAUGGAGGGUGAAGAUACAAGAGAUGACUCACUGUAUUCCAUUUUAGAAGAACUGUGGCAAGAUUCUGAGCAGAUAAAAAGAUACCAGGAAAAACAGAGCAAACCUCUGAGUCAUGCUGCUUUCAUCAAUAAGAAAGUACUGAAUACAGAGUGGGAUUUUGAAUAUAAAGACAGUGGAAAAUUUGUUCAUCCAAGCCCAAAUCAUAUUCCUUCACCGAAAAGACCCCAUAAAUGUGACUCAUUUGGAAAGAGUUUUAGGCAUAAUUUAGACAUACAUAUUCCUAGUAAAAAUAAUGCAAUGAAGAACUUUGAUAAAAAUACCGGACAUGGUCAAGUUUUCACGCAGAGCUCUUCUUAUACUAACCAUGAAAACGCUCAUACAGGAGUGCAGUUCUGUGAAAGUGAUCAGUGUGGAAAGGUCCUUAGCCUCAAACAAGCAUUCAGUCACAAUCUGAAAUUUCCUGCUGGGGAGAAAGCAGACAUGUGUUCUGAAUUUGGGAAGAUCUUCACCCAGAAGUCACACCUCUUUCCACCUCAGAGAAUCCACACUAUGGAAAAACCUCAUGAACUUAGCAAGUGUGUAGAUGUGUUUACACAGAAGCCACUACUCAGUAUAUAUCUGAGAGUUCACAGAGAUGAAAAACUGUAUAUAUGUACUGAGUGUGGGAAGGCUUUCAUCCAGAAUUCAGAAUUAAUUGUGCAUAAGAAAACCCACACUAGAGAAAAACCCUAUAAAUGCAAUGAGUGUGGAAAAUCAUUUUUCCAGGUGUCCUCUCUACUUAGACAUCAAACAACUCACACUGGAGAAAAACUCUAUGAAUGCAGCGAAUGUGGGAAAGGCUUCUCCCUGAACUCAGCCCUCAGUGUACAUCAGAAAAUACAUACUGGAGAGAGACACCACAAGUGCGGGGAGUGUGGGAAAGCCUUUACCCAAAAAUCCACACUCAGGAUGCAUCAGAGAAUUCAUACAGGAGAGAGAUCUUACAUAUGUACUGAAUGUGGACAGGCCUUCAUCCAGAAGGCACACUUGAUUGCCCAUCAGAGAAUCCACACUGGAGAGAAGCCCUAUGAAUGCAGUGACUGUGGGAAAUCUUUCCCUUCUAAGUCACAACUCCAGAUGCAUAAGCGAAUUCACACAGGAGAGAAACCGUAUAUAUGCACUGAAUGUGGGAAGGCCUUUACCAACAGGUCCAAUCUCAAUACUCACCAGAAAUCUCAUACUGGGGAGAAGUCUUAUAUAUGUGCUGAGUGUGGAAAAGCCUUCACGGACAGGUCAAAUUUCAAUAAACACCAGACCAUUCAUACCGGAGAGAAACCCUAUGUUUGUGCUGAUUGUGGGAGGGCCUUCAUCCAGAAAUCAGAAUUAAUUACACAUCAGAGAAUUCAUACCACAGAGAAGCCUUAUAAAUGUCCUGAGUGUGAGAAGUCCUUCUCCAAGAAACCACAUCUCAAAGUACAUCAGCGAAUUCACACGGGAGAGAAACCGUACAUGUGUGCAGAAUGUGGAAAGGCAUUCACUGACCGGUCCAAUUUCAAUAAACACCAGACAAUUCACACCGGAGAUAAACCCUAUAAAUGCAGUGACUGUGGAAAGGGCUUCACUCAGAAAUCAGUCCUGAGCAUGCAUCGCAAUAUUCAUACAUGAAAGUAACCCUUUUUCUUUCAAAUGAGCAAGCCUUAUCACAGAAGUCAGGUCCAAGUGUGUGUUAUAAAAUCCAUCCAAGACAGACCCUGUAUGAAUACGCUGUAUGGUCCAAAGCAUCCAUCCAGCCUCUCCCACCUGAGAUGAGAAAAAUUAUUCAAAAGAAACCCUCUACGAAUGUGUCAAAUAAAAGGGACUUUCCAUGUUUGCAGGGCCUCACACACUAUAAUAGAAUUCAUACUGGGAAAAAUGCUGUCGAUUUGAUGCGUUCGGAAAAGCCCCCCUUAUAGAAAGUAUUAUAAAGCAAAUUGUUACCAAAUUCUUUAUAGAUGGAGCUCCAUUUGUAUGUAUUGUAUACAUACAAACGUAUGUGAAGGACAGUCAUGUUUACUGUGUUUUAUUAAGCCAUGUGAAGUGGCAACAAAAUGAAAGGGAGAAAACAAAAUCAUGUAUCUGGUAUGUGGACCUACCCUCAGUUCCACAGGGUGUUUGUGGCAGAACCCAUUACACAACAGGAGGAGUUAUUGAAUUGAAAUUCUUUUUAGAAUUUAAUAUAACUGUGUCCAUCAAAUAUCUUUCCUAUUGAAUCCUUGUGUGAAUCCACAGUUUUAAAGUCAUUAUGGUUUUAUAUAUAUACACAUCGGCAGACAUAAUCUCACUUGAACACAUAAAUACACAUAAAUACAGUCUUAUCAUUCAUACUGGUUUCCACGACAUCGUUUGUUUCUCUUCUUUCAUUGUGGUACAGUGGCAAAAUAGCCAGAGACCUCUCCCAUCCUUUAUGCCUACUCCUUUGCAAUGUUACUCUCUUUUUUUUUUCUUUCUUUUAUUAAGAGGUAGAGAGCUCUCUACUCCUUGACUCUGAGCUUGGCCAUGUGAUUUGCUUUGGCCAACGUACAUUAGCAAAGAGAUUCAAGAGGCUGGAGAAAAGUCUGCCUUGAGUCUUCUCUUGCUGCUUUCUGGAAUUCUGAGACCUUCAUAUGAAGAAACUAAAGAGUACUCUGCUGGGGGUAUGAGAAACCAUGUGGAACAGAGAUGAGCGAGCACAGAUAGGAGACCAACUUCCAGUCAUGAAAGUGAGACCUUCCUCAACCUCCAGCGCCAGCCAAACUGGCCCACGCCAGAAGAGCCAUACCAGUUGCUGCAGCUGACCAAAAGAAUUACGAGAUACAUAAAAUGCUUCUUGUUUUAAGCUACUAAGUUUUGGGUAGUUUGUUGCACGGAAAACGCUAAACAGUACCUUAAAGUAUAUACUCACUGGGGGGAUUAUACAAAACACAAGAUGUGGCAUUAGCUCUGGGCCUGGGUGGCAGGUGGAGACUGGAAACAAUGAGGAAAACUGUUAAGAAAGACUGGAAAAGACAGCAGCUCAUAUAAUUUACUAAGGAAAAGAAUAGCAAAACAGUCACCAUGCUCUGUGAGAAGAUAGAGAAUCUACCAAAUGAACUUGUGGUUUUGGCAAAGGAGAUUUCCAUCAGAAUGUUGGAAAUAUCAAUUUGCUGCUUUUCAGCUGCAAAAGAGAGAUGAACUAAGGAAAUAACUGUUCCAUUUACAAGUGGAAUUCAGAAGAAAUACAAAAAAAAAAAAAUCCAGGACUUGCUGGGUUGGAAAAUAACUAUUUCUCACAUCUCCAAGUUUCUCCAGUCAUCAAAAUAAUCUCAAGAUGAAAAAUGGUCUCAGGGUAGAGAUAAAAUCAUGGAAACGGCUAUUAAGACCCUCUUAAAAUGUGUGAAAUGUUUAAGUUGGUGUUUUGGGGACUCUCUCAGCUAAACCAAAUGGCUUCUAAAAACUUCAUUACAUUGUCUGCCCAAUAGCCCGACGCAUGGCUAAAGUAGAGAGGGGCCUGUCUUAAAAAGAAUUGUCAUUGUGACAUUUGGGGCAUGGAGUAAAUACAAAUGAGAUUUGUGGAACACCUAUAAGGUUUCUAAUAGAGUUUUACUACCUUCAGGUUAGACUUAAAAGAAUUGAAACAGUCCAAAAUGAAAAGCGGCCUUGGACUACCUUCUCUAACUCCUAUGAAUGGGAAGCAAGCAGAAAAAGUUACUCAGCUGCCAUUUCUUACGGUAAAAGAAGGAUGUCUCAGAAGACCUGAGAACAAUAUAUUAAAAUGGACUGGGAAGCCAUUCCCAGGUAGAACUGUGACCCAGUCAAGAAUCAUGUGCUGCUGGAGUGGGGAGACUUGUCAACAUUUGCUCUGUGGGACUUCAGAGUUGUUAAGGAACAGUGACUAAGAUGUGCCUCAUGUUCCUACCUUCUUUUAAAUGAGAGUAUUUACUGUAGUUCAGUAGUCUCUAGCUCACCAUUGUGUGUGUGUGUGUGUGUGUGUGUGUGUGUGUGUAUGGGCAGGGGUGAUGGUCAAAUAACUUGUCAUUUAGCUCACAGGUCUCUGGAUCAAGAAACUGAGAAAUUGUACCCAAGGAGUUUCAGCCACAUCUGAACCUGAUACAGAAGACCUGAGGUCCUGUAUUUGAGCCUGAUGCCCUAAUUUGGAAUGAGACAUUUGGAGGCCUUGGAAUGAGGGUGAACAUAUUUUGCAUGGUGUGGUAAUAUAAAUAAUUUAUGACCAGAAGAUAGUGUUAGAUAGAAAAAUGUUAACAAAUUUCUACCCUCCCUAUAUGUGUGUCCCUUUUCGAUCUUCAUUUUGCUUUGUGUUUUGGGGCUAAUUUCUAUUACCCUAUCUUCAGGUUCAUGGAUUUUAACCCCUUACCCUGUUAGGUCUGUUUAACCCCUACUUCUGUUAGGUUUACUGAUGAACUCAUUAAAGACAUUAUUCAUCUCA